UAUACAUUGAGGAAGAGAUGGGAUCAGCAUGGCUGCUUUAUGCAGCGCGGCCACUACAGCUAGAGCCGAUCAGGAUUAUAACGUCUAAGCGACAUCGUUACAAGCGCGUUAUAAAGUUGAAUCAGACCAGUGCACAUAGCAGGAGCAAGCACGGGCUUAUAGCAGACAACUAUGAGCCCUCCAGUGAUACAUCAACAGGAGAGACUAUUUGAACCGAUCCCCAUUCCCAUAGCUCUACAAGCCCAAAAGAACUACUAAUGUCAACAAUCACAGUGAUUACACGGAUGCACCCACACAAGGUCAGUUUGAAACUAAAUGUAAUCGUUCUUUUCAGGUGUAUUUUCUGAACUCCAAAGAUGAUAGAGCCACAGGAAAUCCUUGUGAACCCAGACUCCACUCAUGAUAAGAGCAGCAGAGCUUAUGUGGUGUCCUGGGUAAACAGUCUGCUGAAGACAGACUUCUCAGAUGUCAGACAGCUGUCUUCAGGGACAAGCCAAUGUCAGAUCAUGGACAUUGUUGCGCCAGGCUCUGUGGACAUGACCAAAGUGAAGAUCAGCCCACAGACUGAAGAGGAUUUUGAGCAUAAUUUCAAUUUACUCCAGGAGGCCUUCACCAAGAGUGGAGUUACAAAGACUCUUCCUGUGAACGAGCUAGUAACGGGGGAUUUUAGAAGCAACUUUGAAUUGAUGAAGUGGUUCAGACUUUUCUAUAUGGCCAAUGUCAAAAGAUACAGAGUGUACCAUCAUUCAGGAGCUGCACAGUAUAAAUCCAGGACCAAUGGCACUCUGCACUCAGAGAGUAACAUCGACCCCUCAAAAAUAUGUCCCUACAGUGACACUUGGAAGGAGACUUUUGAAUGGGCACAUGCAAGUGCUCUAGGUGAGCAGUUCACCUACUGCCGCAUAUGUCACAGAAAUCUCAAAACAUUUUUGAGAGGCACCAUUGACUUGAAGAGACACUCUGAAACAAAUAUACACAAAAAGAGAGAAACACUUGCCAAGAACCGAACCCUAUUAAACCACAUUUCAACACCUCUGCCCUGCUCCUGGACAGCUGUUCAAUUUAUAUGUCACUAUUUUAAUUAUUCUGGGAAACUGGAGCCCAGAGAGUUUGCCCGCUCUAAACUGGGUUUAAAUUACCCCAUAAAUAUAACCUCUCACUGUCAGAUCACUCCUUAUUGUUUAUAUAUAUUUGGAGGAAUAUCGGUGGAGCACACCCAGGUCUCUGUGCUGCUCAUAGGUUACUUUGACUCUGAGGAGCCCAGAUAUUGCAUCCGGUUUUUGGAUGCCCUUGAGGCUUUGUCAGAGAGCACAGAAGACCAAAAGAGAGACACAGUGGUGGGGAUUUUAAAUAGGUUUGAUUUGCCCUCAGCAAAUCUGGUAGCCCUUUAUAUGGAGGGUAAUGGUGCUGCAUCAGAGCAGAUGCAAUCAGAGCUCUGGAAGCUCAGACCCAACAUGGUGUCUUUUGGCUGUUUGUACACCAUGGCUGAUAGAGCCUGUGAGGCUGCACUGAAACAGCUCUCUAAUAAGACACUGGAAAUGCUUGUAGACAUGCACAAUUAUCACACCUCCUGUCAAACUAAGAAUGACAAACUCAGCAGUCUUUUUGGAUCUGAAAUCUUGGACUGUUCAUCAUUUGACAGUUUUAUCAGUAAGAGUUGCCUUAAUCUAUAUCCGUUAGUCUGCAGUUUCCUGGAAAUGUGGACAGACUUGACAUCUUACUUUGAAGUAUGCAGUGUAGAGGAUGAAAAAGCCAAAUUAAUCUGCUCACAGCUGCAGGAUCCCCGAGUCAAGGCAAAAUACAUGAUCCUUACUGAGGCCAUAAAGCCACUGCACAGCUUCCAAAAAAAUUUGCAGUCUCAAAAGGAAGAAUUGCUUGCUGAUUUUGUCAAAAUUUUGGGACAAGCCAGUAAGCUGCUACAAACAUACACCUCCUGUUUUCUUGAGCCCCAGGCAGAGUUUCAGUUCCUCAGAGAAAGAGACAUUCAAAUUCUUAAAAACACAGACUCACAUUUAUCCAGCACCAGCAUGAGAGUUGGAGGACCAGCCUUACAUGACUUUCUAAAGGAGUCUAAUUGUUUGGAUGCUCUCACACUACUACAGCAAGAGGCCUUAUCUCUUUACAUUGCACUCACCAAUAGCAUUGCAGAUGCUCUACCUUUGAGUACUGUGAUGCUGCGGUCUAUAGUUCAGCUGCUAAACCCACAGAGCAGACUGACUGUUACUGACAAAGAGGUAGAGGACAUUGGAGUGAGGUUAGAAGUGUGUUCAUCUCCUGAGGAGAGAGACCAGCUCAGGGAUGAGUUUCAACAUUACCAACGUGCUGCAGAGGACAAGAGUGAGAAGGAGGACAGAAUUGCAGAGGAGAAGACUAAAGAGAACACAGACAAGAACCAAACUAAAGAGGAGAAAACUACAAAGGACAAAACAGGGGAGGACAAAACUAGAGAGGACUUACGUGCAGGAGACAUGACAGAGUGCAAGACUCAAGAGGACAUGACUAAGGACAAAACUAAAGAAGGCAAAACUGUGGACAAGAUUGAAGAGGACACACCUGAAGAGGACAUGAUUGAGAACAAGACACAAGAAGACAAAACAGAAGUGGACAUACAUGUAAAGAACAUAAAUGAUGAGGAGAAAAACGAUAACACAGGAGCCUCACUGGAGAAGCACUGGGUCAAAGUCUUAAAAGACCUAAAACCGUCCUCCAUCUUCAGAAAGCUGAUUCUGACGCUGCUGGCCUUUCCUCACCCUUCACUAGACUCUAAUCACAUUUUUGACAAGGUCUUAAAGAAUAACAAAGAAGGUGUUGCUUUGCCUGAGACUGACACUGUAACAGAGAGUGACUCUGAUGUGACUUCGGACAACAGUAGCAACAACUCAUUCAAGAGGAACUAUGAUUCAUUGGACCUGAAUGGUGUGGACCUGUCUACACUGAGGCCAUGUGAAGUUCGCCUGAAAAAAUUAAUAGAACCUCCUGAUGGAGAGAAAUGGUAUUGGUGGAAAGAGGUGGACCAAACUGAGUCACCAUCUAAUAAGGCACCAAGAGGAAGACGCAAACAGCUCUACCAGGAUGGCAAAGGUUUUCUGACUGGAGAGCUGGUGUGGGGGAAACUGAAGGGCUUUACCUGGUGGCCUGGGCUGGUCAAGUCCUGGAAAACAAAGUCCUCUCCUCCCGGGCUGAGACGAGUCGAGUGGUUUGGGGAUGGCAUGUUCUCAGAGAUCUAUACAGAGCGACUGAUGCCAUUUAGUGCCUUCACUGUCUGCUUCAACAAACACACAUUGGCCUGUUUACCAGUUUACAAGGAGGCAAUUUUUCAAGUGUUAGAGUUGGCAGCUGAACGAUGUGGGAAGUCUUUUAGUGUUGAUGGCACAGACAAAGAGAGCGAGUUAAAGGAGAUGCUGCGCUGGGCCCACGAAGGGUUUCUGCCCACAGGAUCGGACGGGUUUAUGCCGCCUGAGUCCCUGACAAGUGAAGAUUCUCGUGACUCAGACUACCAGCCACCAGCAAAAAGAAAAUACGUCCUGAAAAGUAAAGCACACCUGGCCCUGGUUUCUUUCAGCAGACAGACCAUGGUGGAUAGCCUCAAAGAAGCAAGAAAUAAAGUCAAAACUCUUGAAGAUUUUUGUUUGUCUUGUGGAACAUCUGAGAUUGAUGUACAGCACCCACUAUUUGAAGGAAGUUUGUGUACUAAAUGCAAGGAAAACUUCACUGAGACGCUUUAUCGUUACGAUGAGGACGGGUACCAGUCCUACUGCACUGUAUGCUGUGCUGGCCUCGAGGUCAUCCUUUGUGAAAACCCCAGCUGCUGCAGAUGUUUUUGCAAAGACUGCAUUGAGAUUCUAGUUGGUCCUGGGACAUUCGACCAGCUCAAAGAGGUGGAUCCGUGGUGCUGCUACAUGUGCCAGCCCUCAGAGUGUAAAGGAUACCUCAAACUCAGGCCCGACUGGAGCAUCAGGGUGCAGGACUUCUUUGCCAAUAACAGUGCUUUUGAGUUUGAACCUCAUAGACUUUAUCCAGCUAUUCCCGCGGCUCAGCGGAGACCAAUCAGAGUGCUCUCUCUGUUUGAUGGCAUUGCAACAGGAUACCUUGUGCUGAAAGACUUGGGCUUCAAGAUUGAGCGCUAUAUUGCUUCAGAAAUUUGUGAUGACUCCAUAGCUGUGGGAAUGAUCAAACAUGAGGGAAAGAUUGAGUAUGUCAAUGAUGUGCGCUCUAUCACAAGAAAGCAUCUGGCAGAAUGGGGCCCCUUUGACCUUUUGAUUGGAGGGAGUCCAUGCAAUGACCUGUCCAUAGUCAAUCCACUGCGAAAAGGAUUAUUUGAGGGCACUGGCAGGCUGUUUUUUGAGUUCUACCGGAUACUCACUCUGUUGAAGCCAAGAGAAGACGAGGACCGGCCAUUCUUCUGGUUGUUUGAAAACGUGGUCUUCAUGAGUGGCAAUGACAAGGCGGAUAUCUGCAGGUUCCUUGAGUGCAAUCCCAUUCUAAUUGAUGCAGUAAAAGUCAGCCCUGCGCACAGAGCACGAUACUUUUGGGGAAAUCUCCCUGGAAUGAACAGACCACUGGCAACGUCUCUGGAUGACAAAUCGACUUUGCAGGACUGUUUAGAAGUUGGACGUCUUGCCAAGUUUGACAAAGUGCGGACUAUAACAACAAAGUCGAACUCCUUGAGACAGGGAAAGAGUGGACCUCACCCUGUUUUAAUGAACGGCAAAGAAGAUAGCUUGUGGUGCACAGAACUUGAACAGAUCUUCGGUUUUCCAAAACAUUAUACCGAUGUGAACAACAUGGGCCGCGGACAGAGACAAAAGGUUUUAGGUCGCUCUUGGAGUGUCCCUGUGAUCCGCCAUCUUUUCUCUCCUCUAAAGGACUAUUUUGAGUGUGAAUGUGAGACUGGGAACUAAACCAGCAUCAAAGAAUGUCCAGGUGCCUCAAAGUUGUUCACUGAACUUGAUUGGGACGGAAAUAUAACCAGCAAUUAGAUACAUUUUGUAAACGUCUUUGCAUUUAAAGGUGCUCAGUUAAUCUACCUCACUCAGAUUUAUUUUAAUGAACUCUUUUAAUCAAGAUCAUUUUUAGAACUUUUAAAAAUUGUCACCACUUUUUUCAGUUUGGUAGUUUUUGUCUGCCACGUGUCAACAAAGACAUCUUAGGGUUUUUAAAAUGUUUUUUAAAAAAUGUGAUGCCAUUGAUAGUCGUUAUACUUAUACAUUUUUAAUUAGAGAUUAGAUUUUUUUUAUUAAAUAUUAGAGAGUUUGUGUGUAUUUCAUUUUGAUGACACAGUUAUACAAAAAUGUGCCUGUUGAAACUCAUGCACUGUUUGGUAUGUGUAUUGCAUGAACUCUGUGAUGCAGGAAAUACGCAUCCAAACAAUUAAGCCAAUGCAACCUAUUAAUAAUCAUGAAUGCCACUGGUGCUAAAUGAAAUAUGGCAUGAGAGAAAGAUGCAGUAUCUGUUGAUUUGAACAGGUUUUAGCUUUCCUGUAAAACUGUAUGAAGGUGAAUGACCAAGGCUGUGAGAAGCCAGUGUGUAGAUCUCAUGUGUCCUCCAAGCUUCUCUACAAAGGCCUCUUGUUUGUUACCACAUUUUGACUGCUCCAAUAGUUUUUGUACUACUUGCAGGAAAUUUUAAACUGGUGCUAUAACUUAUACAUUUUAAGAUCUGUGACACUUUUUGAUUUGUGUUUUGUUUAAAAGCAAAUCAUAACAUUUCUACUGUACUGUAAGUUUCAUAAUCUGUACCUCAUAUUGUUUAUUAUGUAUGUUACUAUGUUACUGUUUUUGCAUGUAUGCCUCUGAAAACCCUUAAAAACCUCUGCCUUAAAAUCUGGUGCUGAUUGCCUUCCCUGUUAAACUGUGUCUGAUCCUAAAGUCUGUAUCAGUGAUAAAUGUGCGCGUAGUCUGCACUGUCCUUCUUGUUUAGCUAACAGUUAACUUGU